AUGUCCGAAGCCGACGCUCUCGCCACGGUCGACACCGAGUACACCGCCGACUCGAUCGAGUUCUGCCCGCACGCGGGGAACGAGCAGUACUUCACCUGCGGCACGUACCAGGUGAUCCCCGUCACCAAGCCGACGAAGGCAGCGAACGGCAGCGCCUCAGAGAACGGCCAGCCCAAUGGCUCCACAAACGGCACUACCACCGAGUACUCCAAAGUCGUCGACGGCGACGACUCUGAAAGCGACAGCGACGAGGCGACUCCGCCCGCGCCGCGUGUCGGUCGGCUCUAUCUGUUCAAGCUUGACGGUGACACUCCAAUCGAGGUGCAGCGGACCGAGACCGCGGCGAUCCUCGACGUCAAGUGGUCGCCUACCGAGGCCGCACUCAGUGUCGCCGACGCCAAGGGUGCGAUCACGCAGUUCGACUUUGCCGACGGAAAGCUCAGCGAAAAGUCCAAGGUCCAGGUCACGGACGAGAGCCGGCUCGUGCUCUCCCUCGACUAUGCGAAGGAUGGCAAGGGCCUGAUCUCGUCGCUGUCGAACGGCGCCCUCGCGCACCUCUCUGCCCGGCCUGAAGGAUGGGAGGUGACUGAGGAGUGGCAUGCGCACGACUUUGAGCCCUGGAUUGCGGCUUACGGAGACGACCAGAACACCGUCUGGAGCGGAGGCGACGACUGUCGUCUGAAGCGCUGGGAUCUGCGUGCGCCCCAGAUGGCGACGUUCAUCAACAAGAGAUUCGACGCUGGUGUCACUACGAUCGCGCCAAGCCCUUACGCUGAGCACGUCCUUGCGGUCGGAAGUUACGACUCGAACCUGCGCAUCUUUGACGCCCGUUCGCCCGGCCUUCCUCUGCUCGAGAUGGAGCUUCCGGGCGGUAUCUGGCGCACGCGUUGGCAUCCGUCAGCUGAGCGCCGCGGCGACAUUCUCAAUGCGUGCAUGCACGGCGGCUUCGCCGUCGUGCGUCUUCCUGACGCUCUCGCUGGCGGCGAACUCUGCCGCCGUGUCGACCAGGGCGAGAUCAUCUCCACCUUCCCCGGCACGCUCGGCUACGGCGCCGACUGGUGCCGCCGCAAGGAGGACGGACCGACUAGUACUGUGGCUACAUGCUCGUUCUACGACCACGUCAUGAACGUGUGGCGCGCCUAA